AUGCCGCUCGACAACAUCACCCCGGAUGCGCGCGGUGAUCUGUGGGUCCCUGGAUUUCCGGAUGCGCGGAAGACGAUGAAGGGCAUGGUGGAUCCCGACGCGGAGGGGGCGCCGGUGAGCGUGUUUCAGAUUCGGAGGGUGGGCGGCGGGGAUGUAGAGGAGAAGCUAGAGUACGAGGUCACGAAAGUGCUCGAGGAUAAGGAGGCGCGGGUUCUUGACGGCUCGACGACGGUGUUGCACGAUGUCAAGAGCGGAAAGCUUUUCCUUGGGAGUGUGGUCGCGCCAUUUUUGGUUGUUUGCGAGCCGAGGUGA